UUGGCACGCGACGGGUCUACGCCAGGCUGGAAUGAAAAUUUUCGUGCUGUGUUACGGCUAUUAUUAGAAUGUCUUAUGUGUGAUGAUGGUGGUCAGCGAGCCCUGGUGCUAGCAGUGCUCACCGAGAUGAUGCGGAGAAGUCCAUUAGUUCAUCACUUCCUCAGUUUUUCUGAACUCAUCAUCCUUUAUAUACUUAAUGCACAUGCUGAUAAAGAAAAGGAGGUGCCGCGGGCAGCUUCUGUUUGUGCAGGCACUGUAGCAGAGAUUCUUCCCCCUGAAGUGGUUAUUCGUGUCUUAAAGCCACUUAUUCAGAUGGGCGAGUACCCAGUCAACCAAGCAGCCAUCAAAAUGCUCAAUAAACUGGUUGAGGCUCAUCAACCAUCUAUUGUGGCUGCAGCUAUGCCAGAAAUCAUGCCUGACUGAUUAAGGCAUAUGACAACAAAGAAUCCUGUGUACGCAAGGCAUCUGUGUUCUGCAUUGCGCUCUGCACAAUGCAGUUGGUGAGGAG